AACUGCUGAGCCACCUAGGGAUCCCCCCAAGGGUUUUUUAAUUCUAUUAAUAUGGUUUAUUACUUUGAUUUUUGUAUAUUGAGACACUCUUGCACUCCUGGGGUAUAUAUUACUUGGUUAUAUAUAGCUGUUUUUAUAUGUUGAUGGAUUCAGUUUGCUAGUUUGUUUGUUGAGGAUUUUGCAUCUAUGUUCAUAAGAGAUACUGUUCUGUAGUUUCCUUGUGAUGUCUCUGAUUUUGGUAUCAGGGUAAUUCUGGGCUGAUUUGGGAGGUAUUUUGCAUCCCCCAAUUCUGUUGUAGUUUUUUUUUGUUAGGGGGCGUAAAGAAUUUGAAAGAGAUUACUGUUAAUUCUUCUUUAAAUAUCUAGUAAAAUUUACUAAUGAGUCCUCUGAUUCUAGGCUUUUCUUUGUGUUUUUUUUUUUUUUACAUUAUUACAAUGUAUUUACUUGUUAUAUGUCAUUGAGAUUUUCUAUUUCUUUUUGAGUCAAUUUCAGGAAUUUGCAUCUUUUUAGGAAUCUGUCCAUUUUAUGUAGAUUACCUAAUUUGCUUUUAUACAAUUGUUCGUACCUUUCUCAUUUCUGUAAGAUUUAAUACUAAUGGUUUCUCUUUCAUUCCUGUUUUUAGUAAUUUGAGACUUCAUUCUUCUUGGUUGGUCUAGCUAAAGUUUUGCCAAUUUUGGUGAUCUUUUUGAAGAAUGCUUAUACCUUAUUAAUUUAUUAAAAAUAUAAUCAUUUUAGAAAAAUGUGAUCAAGAACCAUAAGAUCAUGAACCUAUACUUACCUAAAUCAAUCAGAUUACAAAUAAUAUAUUCAUAUUAACUGAAUAGGUAGGAAGAUACUCCUUAAAACACACUUAGGGUAAAAGAAUACAUUUAGUAAGCAGAGUUUUUGGUGGUUUUAGGAAGACUGAGCAAUGCAACACUGAGACAGAUAGAUAGCAUUCCUGUGUGUUGUCUUCCAGGCUGGGAGACAGUGAAACCUGCAUUUAUCAUGAAGUGGCAUAAGUGGCCAGUGGCUACUGGCCAGGGAAGUAGAAGCUGCUUAGGAGUCCACGGAGGUCAUGUGACUUGGUGGACUGUCAUUGGAGAGCCUGUAGCUUGGCUGUGCCACCUCUGUUGCUACACCCAGCUUGCAUUUGAAAACAGCCUGAGCUCUGGCUGGCUCAGUGGGAAGAGGAGAAGUCCUCUGCAGAUGCUUUAUGACUUGGACCAGGGCCCGCGCUCCGCCCUGGCCGCCCUGGCCGCCGAGCACCGCCAGCGCCGCGACCUGCUGCGCCGCGCCUGCAGCCGCCACACGCGCCGGCAGCGCCUGCUGGGGCCCGAGGACCUGCGGCACGUGCUGGUGGACGACGCGCACGGCCUGCUCUACUGCUACGUGCCCAAGGUCGCCUGCACCAACUGGAAGCGCGUGCUGCUGGCGCUGAGCGGCCGCGGCCCCGCCGACCCGCGCGCCAUCCCCGCGCACGAGGCGCACGCGCCGGGCCGCCUGCCCUCGCUCGCCGACUUCGGCCCGGCCGAGAUCAACCGGCGGCUGCGCGCCUACCUGGCCUUCCUGUUCGUGCGCGAGCCCUUCGAGCGCCUGGCCUCGGCCUACCGCAACAAGCUGGCGCGGCCCCACGGCGCGGCCUUCCAGCGGCGCUUCGGCACGCGCAUCGUGCGGCGCCUGCGGCCGCGCCCCCGGCCCGAGGCGCUGGCCCGCGGCCACGACGUGCGCUUCGCCGAGUUCCUGGCCUACCUGCUGGACCCGCGCACGCGCCGCGACGAGCCCUUCAACGAGCACUGGGAGCGCGCGCACGCCCUCUGCCACCCGUGCCGCCUGCGCUACGACGUGGUGGGCAGGUUCGAGACGCUGGCGGACGACGCGGCCUUCGUGCUGGGCCUGGCGGGCGCGCCGCACCUGCGCUUCCCCGCGCCGCCGCCCGGCGCCCCCGCCGCCGCCCGCGCCCGCGCCGAGCGCCUCUUCCGCGACGUCAGCCCCUUCUACCAGCGGCGCCUCUUCGACCUGUACCGCAUGGACUUCCUGCUCUUCAACUACUCGGCCCCCGCCUACGUGCGGCUGCGCUAGGCCGGGGCGCC